GAACGCAGCUGCUCCUGGAGGCCUGUAUUCAAGAGAACGUGGUGUCCUUCAUCUACACCAGCACCAUCGAGGUGAUGGGACCGAAUGGGAAAGGUGAUCCUAUAAUCAACGGCAGCGAGGACAUGAUUUACGACUGCACUCUGAAGUUUGCCUACAGCAAGACCAAGAAGGAGGCUGAAGAGCGAACCCUGCAGGCCCACAGCGAGGUGCUCCAGAACGGAGGCCGACUGGCCACCUGCGCCCUCAGGCCGAUGUAUAUCUACGGGGAGGGCUGCCGCUUCCUGCUGGGCCACAUGGGCGAUGGGAUACGAAACAAGAAUGUUUUAUAUCGUAUGUCUCUCCCAGAGGCCCAAGUGAAUCCUGUGUAUGUGGGCAACGUGGCCGCAGCGCACCUCCAAGCAGCCCGCAGCCUCAAAGAUCCACAAAAAAGAAACGCCAUCGGAGGAAAGUUUUACUUCGUUUCCGACGACACACCGCUCAUGAGUUAUUCAGACUUUAACCACGUGGUGAUGUCACCUCUGGGCUUCAGCAUUCAAGAGAAGCUCAUGUACCCACUGUGGCUUCUCUACACCAUCUGCUUCAUAAUCGAGAUCGGGUGCAUGAUUCUGCGACCUUUCGUACGUAUCGUCCCGCCGCUGAAAUGGCAGCUCGUCACCAUGUUGAACACGUCGUUCAGCUUCUCCUAUCAGAAGGCGAAGAGAGAUCUGGGGUACGCCCCCAGAUACACCUGGGAGGAGGCGCGUAAAUGCACCACUGAAUGGCUCGCGUCAGAGCUGCCGAGGGAGAGGGAGAGAAUACUAACUAAAUGA